UUUUGGAGCGGUUGCAGGCACGGCGGUUCGCUCCCUAAGACUCCAGUUUGCUUCAGGAUGAGACGGCCCUGCGGCACCCUGAGCCGGGAUUAACAAGCAGGGAGCAGUUUGUCCCGUCAGCCGCUCACUGAAGCCUGUCCAGUAAAACACAAGCAACACAUAUCCCCAUGUCAGGAGUCUGAAAUGCUGAUGGAGGUCUACUACGGUAAUGGGUUGGAGCCUGACCUUUCCCAGCAGUAUCCUCCACCCUUACUGCCAAAACCGGGCAAAGACAAUGCAAGGCUUCAGAAACUCAAGAAGAAGAGAGCUAAGAAAAAAGGCAGCCUCUCACAGACGCCCAUCCCCUUCCGCUCCUGUUUGUCGCCCGUCAACGAAGCCAGCACAGAUCUCGAGCACGGUGACCAGACCAGCCCACCAAGCACACCAGAUUCAGUCUCCUUUGCAGACGUCUCAGGAUCUAGUUUCCCCUUUGGCUCUUCCUGUGAUCACUCUGCGCCUGCAUUCCCCCAUCCUCAGAGAGACACCCGUGGCCAGAACGGCAGCUUCCAGCCUCCGUCCCACACAGCUCAGAUUAGGAUCUCUGAGGGCCAGGUGGCUCCGCUGUAUGAGUGCUCCUCUUUCUUGUUUGAUGAUGUGAGCCCUUUCAUGAUGCCACCUUCGACAUCACUACCACAUCAGGUUCCAGUACUGCAUCCUCCCUCUGCUUACAGGUUAAACAUGACACCAAAUUCCCAUGGGUCAGUCACAACAGACUGUACAGUUGCCACGUCGCAGUCCAGUCCCAAAAUAUCAACUCACAAAGUGACCCUAUCCCCUGCCUCCCCCAACUGUUGCCCAGGCCCGGCACCUUCUCAAGUUGCAGAACCACCCCCUCUACCAGUGCUGCUAUCAGUUUCAAGCUCGGAGACACAACCCUUCAUUCCCAGCCAGAGGGAGAUGAACACAAAUUCAAAAAAUGAGAACCUGACAUCAUGGACUGGCAGAUCCACCAGCAAUGGGAAUUGUGCUCUUCGCCAAAUGUCCUCUGAAAUAACUGCCUCAAAAAUAUCACUUGUUGAAUCCACCCAAGCUAAAAUGUAUAAAUCAAAAGCAACAUUUUAUGAAAUUUCAAAGCCACUUUCUACCCAAGAUCUCAUGGAGAUAACCCCAGCCUACCAGGGAGUACCAUUAUCUGCUACAAACAGGGAGAAAAUGAUUGGAUCAGUGGUCAACACUAAUCAGAAACUGACCCCACCAAGGGCACGGAGUGGGAGACCUCAGACUCCCUCUUACACAUCAAUGUCAACACCUAUCUCUGAAACAUCAAAACCAAACCCACUUUUAUUUGCUGAAGGUCCUGCUCUUAUCUCCUCUGAAGAUUUCCAAGUACCUGGAAUCGUGAAAGAGGCACUGGAACAAAAAAUAGCAGCUCAGACUAGCCCCCUGAGCAACCCCCCUCCUGCCACAGAAGAAUGGAAGCAAACUAAUGCUAGUAACAUAACUACCAUCAACCAACCCAACAAUGAUAAAGAAAUAGAGAUUCCUAAUAUACGAAGGAGUACCAUAAAUCUAAGCCUGGCCAACACUGAGCUUUAUCACAGAGAAGAGAUGACUCUACCUGAUGUGACUGUUAUUAAACCUGCAACAUCAGGUAACCCAAACCCCAAAACAGACCAAGUUUCAGAAAACACGGCUUCAUCUUUGCCAAAGGUUCCAUCUUUUUUAUCUGUACCAAAGAAUUUCACCCCAGUACCAGUUUCUCCAACGCAAACACCACUAUGCCCAAGCCCGGUGAUCUCCACCUAUCGACCUCCUGUAAAUGAGGCACGCAAGUCUCUGGCAUCACUACUGGAGACUCAAAUGUCAUUAGCCACCUCAAAGCCCAAAUCACGAUCUACAUAUUAUGGGCUCACUCCAGCUGAGUAUGUUGCUUAUGGUGGAAUUAGGAAUAACCCAUCACUUCACAGCCCUGUAGCCUCCAGGACUGAUGAAACCCCUUCAGACAAAACCCAGAUACAUGAAACCCCUUCAGACAAAACCCAAUCAGAUGUAUCUGUGGAUGGAUCACAUGUCAAGACAGAAAAACAUCCCAACGGACAUGAGGAUCCAUCCUCUACGGUUCACAGUAUACAGUCCCAUCAUUCAGAGCUUCUAGCUCCAAGGAUUGUCGCAUGUAGCAAAGAUGUCGCUGAGGAAGGUCGUCCUGAAGCUCAGAGUAAUGGAACACGGUCACUUAAAACAUCUAAUGUGGACACAAUAAAACCUGAGCUACCCUUUGGCCUUACUCAGAAAACAUUGCAACAAUCCACAAGUGACGUUUCCACACCAAAAGCUUUGAACUCUGAGGCUGCAAUACCAAUACCUAAAGCAGGUGAGGUACACACACAGAGUGUGGCACAGUUAUCUAUGGAAGGAGGGCUGAAAGCAACUGAUAGCAAUAGUCUGUCAAGUCCUUCGCUGCCAUUAGGGAAGGCUUUAAAUGCAGAAGCAGUGCAUAAAGCAAAUGUUGUGGAUAUUGUUGAUAAAACUUCCUAUCUUGGUAAAACACCUUUGAAUGAUAAUAAAACAUCUUGUAGACAACCUGGGAUUACAAAUACAAAAGAACAGUCAGGAAUGGAAUUGCCUCAUGCACCAAGAGUCUAUGGUGCGAAUGUUCAACCGACUGCCAAGCAGGUUAGAAACAUAGCUAACAGUGAAAACCUGAAUGCUGGGUCAUGCCUUUCACAGAUAGAGCGCAAAAUCUCAGAUAGUCCAAUUAUAAAUGCUGGGUUCGUCUUUGGAAUCCAACAGUCCAGAAAACCAGUUUUAGAAAACCUGCUUUUUAAUAAAGUGGGUAAUGAAGCCAUCUUACACAAAGAAAAGGACAUUUUUAAGUACCCAGUUAAAGUGAGCAAUGAUAUCAUUCUCCCAAAACAGACAAACAUUGCUGCAUACUUUGACAAUAAAAAUGCUAUAACACAAUUCUCAGAAAACAUCCUUACAGGACCAAUAACAUCCACAGCAUCUGUGUUGCCACAUGAGCCUGUUACAGCAUCUGUAUGUUCUGCACUGACCAGUGACAGCUCAGUAUCUUUGUCUGGGCGAGGCACCCCAUUUAUUCAUCCACCAAGUGUAGAAACUGAAGUUUUCAGCAGUACCCAAUUUUUAGAACAAAAAAAUCAAUUGCCUCCUUUGAAUGUACUAAAUGGACCUGCUAUGUUAUCAGAUACACCUGCAGCAGAAACUAAAGUCCCACCCUUACAUGUCGCUGCAAACAAACCACCAAAUUGUUCAGAUGUUUAUUUUAAUUUAGAGACAUCCGCAUCACAUGUUCCAAUGAAAGAACCAGACAAGCUAACCACUACUAGCUCGAUAAUACCUGUUAACACACAGACUAACAUAGGAUGGAGUGGUCAAGGUAAGGUUGUCCAAGGACAGAGGUUCCAUACAAACUCUCACAGAGCAACAGGACCGAUCGUACAAGCAAUGGAAACCAAGCUUAAUGCUAAAGAUGCACAUCUAUAUCUUCCAACUGCAAAUGACAGAGUAGAACCAGCCUCAAAAAUUUCUGCAAACCAUCUUCAGUCUAUCACAGACAUAGUUUCACCAGGACAACGUGGAGAUUUAAAUGUAACUCAGUGUGGUACAGCACAAUCAAACAAACUCAGUUUGGGUAGCAGUUUAUACAAUAUUUCAAAGACUGACACCAAAGGCACUGACAAAUUGCAGAGGGAAGCUGUUGUGCCAAUAAUGGAUGACCCUGUUAAGAAUGUUAAACCACCAUGUUAUAUGAUGCAGACAAAUAAACCUUUGUUGCCAUCGAGCCCAAUCAUGAGGCAUGUCACACCAAAAAGUCCUCAGAUUAAAUUGAAGACAAAUGAGAGUCGAUCUGUAGCAAAUCUUGCGAUAAACCAAACCUCAGUUCCCAGCCCCUUUACUGGUAAACCAACUGAAAACCCUCCCGUUAUGAACAGAUCACCUGUGACACCAAGGCACCAAAUUACAACUGAAGCCAUAGUGAAUGAGAAAAUCUCUGUCAUCCCACCUGUUACAGAAAAGAAAUGUUUAUCAAGUCCACAAAUUAAAACAAAACAUUCAAUAACUUCUAUGACAGAAACAGUAGCAGCCAUCUCCAAAGGGCAUAUUGAAGCCCUUGGUAUCAGUAUUGAACAACAAACCACACAAAAAAUGAAGCAGAGUCAAAUCACUAUGACUGAAGAUAUUUCCCUAACUAAAUUGAAUUCACUUAGCUCUGACACCCCGAUGAAACAUUUUAGCUCCAUCAGUGAAGCAAAAGCAUCUCUUGAAAGUGACAUUCAUAGCAUAAACCCUGCACCCCUCUCACAUGCUACUUUAAAUAAUCACCCUCCAACCAAUGUGCAGCCUCUCAGUGAAGCUACCAAAGAUAUGAAAGCCCCACCCACCCCACCAACUAGAUCCAGACCAUGGAGUGCAUUAAGAGCUUCCCCUAUACCAGGUACUGGUAAACCAACUGAAAACCCUCCUGUUAUGAACAGAUCACCUGUGACACCAAGGCACCAAAUUACAACCGAAGCCACAGUGAAUGAGAAAAUCUCUGUCAUCCCACCUGUUACAGAAAAGAAAUGUUUAUCAAGUCCACAAAUUAAAACAAAACAUUCAAUAACAUCUAUGACAGAAACAGUAGCAGCAAUCAGUAUUGAACAACAAACCACACAAAAAAUUAAGCAGAGUCAAAUCACUAUGACUGAAGAUAAUCUCCUAACUAAAUUGAAUUCACUUAGCUCUGACACCCCGAUGAAACAUCUUAGCUCCAUCAGUGAAGCAAAAACAUCUCUUGAAAGUGACAUUCAUAGCGUAAACCCUGCACCCCUCUCACAUGCUACUUUAAAUAAUCACCCUCCAACCAAUGUGCAGCCUCUCAGUGAAGCUACCAAAGAUAUGAAAGCCCCACCCACCCCACCAACUAGAUCCAGACCAUGGAGUGCAUUAAGAGCUUCCCCUAUACCAGAUCCAAAAGCAUUUAAUAGAGCUAAACAAACUUAUACUCCAACCUUACCCCAGUCCCCUCAAACACCGGUUCCUUUUAAGCAUUUGACAGAAACAAAUCCCUCAGUGGUUACUGCAAAAGAGUUGACAAGCCCACCCUUGACGUUUCAAAACAAUAAACCUCUUAGCCCUUCUAAGCCUGCUCAGCCAACAGAGAAUAUCUCAAAGCCUGAAAUAAAACUUCCCACAUCUAAGAACACUUCAGCCCCAGAGAUAAGAGUGCAUUCCCCAAUGCAACACAUAAACACAAAUCCAACUUCAAACCCAACCCUUUCCUCACCUAGCACAGGAAGUAGUGUGACCGCCCAUCAAACUGAUCCAGUUUUAAUCCGUAAACCAAUAUUAAAAGCAGAACUUCCCAAUAAUCAGAUAGAACAAACACCUUCCUCAGCCAGUGUAGAAAUGAAAGACUUUGUUGUAGAAACAGAAUCCUCAAAGCCUCCCACCAGUCCAAUCCAGGUUAGCUUGAAUAAUGUUCAGCCUUCGACAGAGCAAGCAAUAAGGAACGUGUCCCCUGCAAAUCCAGCUACAGAUACUGUGAUGAAACCACCCAUAGUUAAAGUCGCUGUGAUUGACUCUGCCACUCCUGCCUCUCUGCCUCAGGCCUCAGUCUCAGUCAAAGCUCCAUCUCCAAACGGAGGAACAUCACCGCCAUCUCAGCAAAAAACUGGAUUCAAAGGCAAGGACGUUCUGAAGACGACAACCUCAGCGAGACGGACGGAAAUUCCUGCAGUCACACCCUCCACGAAGUUAGUGACAUCGGCUGCAUCUUCAGUGACUGAUAAGACUUCUAUCACGGCAGAGACAACACCACCCACUGAGGCAAAGGCAGCCCAGAAGCCAAAGGGGCUAAAGGCAAAACUCAGUGGGUGGACACGUCUGAAAAAGCACAUGGUCGUUGAGCCAGAGGAACCUAAUUUCCCAGAGGCCAAAGAUAAGGUCAAUUCCAGUGGCAGUGAUGACAUAACAGAUCGUGUCGGUGACACGUCUGCCAAAGACCAACCUGUCAAUCAAGAAGUCAUUAAAAACAUAGAAGGCCCCAAGGGACUGAAGAUGUGGGAUGCACUCCUCUUUCAAAUGUUCUCUACCAAAGAGAAGAUCAUGUUCCAGAUCAAUGAAAACAAGAAAGAAUCAGAAAACAAAAAGUCCCCCCAAGACCAUAAGGCAGAACCUCCUUCUUUUGUCAGUCGCUUACCACUUCUACUGUACAGCCCUCGGUUUGAUGCCAGGAAGUUGAAAGAAGCAGCGGAGAAGCCGCUCAACAAAAUAGCAGCAGCGUUUGGAAUGGGACUGAUUAAACGCAAAUGUCACGAAGAUGAACGGAAGGAUUUCAACAGAACAGCUAAAGCCUUUGGUCCUUCAAAAACUACUGAUGGAACUGAUGGGCCUCGUGGAUGAUUGGUGAUUUAGUUUAUUUAUUUAUCUAAUUUGUGAUUUUCCACAAUCUAACGGGGUUCAGUGGGCAAGAGUGAAGGAGAAAUAGAAAAUAAUAGGAGCUGAAUUUGGUAAAAAGGUUAUAUCAAGAUAUUUGAAAGUAUACGUAAUUAUUGAAAAAUAACAAAAUUGAGACCACUACAAGGAAGCAGAUUAUUCUUAAAGGUAUAUUAUUCUUUAGUAAAUAAUCACAAUGCUUAUUAAUGGACCCUCAGUAUGGUAUUUCAAUUUGAAAUGUCACAAAGGAACUUUUGAAAUGUUUUAGCUCAGAGGCUCCCCCCAGAGGCGUGGAGGCUAAGUUGCUUUAACAGGCCAAGAUUUCCUCUUUGUUCAUCUCGUACACAGUCACAAUUGUGUUUUCUCAGUGAGUGUCUUAGUCACCCCUGCCAGGAUGUAUCUCUGUGAGCUGGUUUCAUCAUUAGUGAUGUGUGAUGGAGUUCUGUUAAACCAUACGUUGUUGUUGCACGAGAUAGAGAUGGGAAUCGAAAGUUACUUUGGGUGAUUUGAGACAGGAGACUGAAACCUAGACGGGGCGUCCUUAAAUAAUUCAAAGUCCAUUAAAAUAAACUGAAGAUUUAUAUAUUUGCAUAAGAAAUUUUAGGUCUCACGUUUUUUAGUUAUACCACUUAAAAUUCAAAAUUCAUAUUAUUUUUAUUAGUAUUAUUGUAUUUUAAAUACAAGGGUGCUAUUUUAUUCACUUUUAAUAUGAUUCAAUCAGAUACUGGAAAAAGAGAACAAAAAAGAACGAAAGGAAGAUCGCUUACUCUGCAGCUGUACUUAGAUUACGUAGAUUUGUGUUCUGUAAUUUGAAAAAUGAAAGUUUUGUGUAGAAUGCAUGUAAAGCACAUUUUUUUUUAAAAUUUUCUAAACAAAGUAAGGCUUUACUGUACACCGCUGGCAGGCAGAUUUUAAUCUCUGUAAUAAAUAGGGCUUUAACAUUCCUGGAUCAACAGAGCAGAUGGAUUUUAACAGAAAGUGAACAGAUUUGACUGAAAGGUAGACGUCUGGAAUAAAUUGUGAUUUUAGAAAGUCAGGUGUGCAUGGAAAAAUGGUGCCAUUUGGUCCAACCAGGAAUCCAUAGCCACAGAGAAUGGAAGGAUGUAGGCCUGACCGGUACGGAACAAAGACAUGUUUAUAAAUGUGAACUACGGGUGUGAGGCUUAGAGCCAUGCUAGAAACUGUACAAUCUGACCAAUCUCAGGUUUUGAGGAUGGGCAUUCAGGUUUGAAGAAUGUACAGACUGUGAUAGAAUUCGAACAGAUUUAAUCUAGAUAUCUUCUUCCGAGUUAACGCCAUGAAGCUGGCAUUUUUGGUUUUGGGUGAAGCAUCUUAACCACCUCUGUGCAAACGAGAACUAAUCCUGCAAAUGUUUGAAUUUACUUUGGCAACGCUUUAAUAACUAAACACCUGCUAAUAUACAGUUAUACGGCAUGUCAUUAAUUCAGCCUCAGACAUACAGUGUCAUAUUGUGAAUAACAGUAGGCUAACACUUUUGCAUACUAGCUUUGUGUAGCUAAAGCUAGCUUACUGUCCCACCAAAAGUAAUAUGGAAGGGGAGAUAAUAACAAUGAAACAAUUUUCUUUUGUAUUUGAGAGCAUUUAUUGGGCGUCUGAAGUGAUAAGGAACUAACGAUGGUAAACGUAACAUAACGCUCUCCUUAUUUGGGGCCAUUUAAGCUUGGAAACGUGACAUAUGAGGCUGACUGAUUGAGUGUUCAACACACGUUUGGAUUGCUGAUUUAAGAUUGCGACAAGGAUGUAGAGCAGAGAUGUAGGUAAUGAAGAUGAUGAUGGGGAAAAGAGCUGGAGGGAAGAAAUGGAGUGAGGAUGGAUUUGCGAUCAUUCACAUGUUUGCUGCUGCAGCGGCAGACAUUGGCGUGUUGUUGUGAUCGAUCUUUUUUUUCGUAAACUGAGAUCUUAAGAUGGCCUUCAUGUUGUAUAGUUUCUUUGAUGGUAAACGGAACACAGCCCCAUUUAUUACACUGAUGCUUAACAUGUAUUUGUUCAUUGUGUGAUUUUUAACAAUUCAUAAAAUGCUGUAAAUCUUGUGUUAUUUUUCUUUUUUUUCUUCUUUAAAUUUCACUAAUAGGAAGUCCUAUAGUUAUAAAAGACAACUAAUUACAUCUACCCAGUCUUUGUUCUUGUUAAUUUAUAUUUUUAUGUUUCCUUUACAUUACAAUGUGUGUGCUGCCUGGCUCUGAACUGUCACAAAUUUCCUGUAGAAACAAGGACAUUUUAUCCCCAAUUAAAGACUAUUUUGAAUUUUUAAAGGAAUGUUCCUGAGUUAAACCAACACUAGGUCUAGUACCCAAUGUUAAUGAGUGUAAACGUUCAUUAGGAGGACCAAACUAUGUGAAUUGAAGCACUUUUACAGGCCAAAUAACCACAAACCGUCAUAUACUAUAAAAGUUUAAAAUAAAAAGCUACAAAGUAAAAAAAAAAAAAAGUCCUGGAGACCUGUAGAAAACCCAGGGCAUGCUGGAGGGACUAUGUUUGUUCAUUGACCUGGUAACGCUUCGGAAUACUAGAAACUAGAUGAGCUGAAACAAAAGGGCCGGGUAGAGGGAAGUCUGGGCUUCCCUACUUAGCCUGCUGCCCCCUUGGAUAAGCAGUAUAAGAUGGAUGGAUG